GCAGAAAAGAAGAGGAGUGUGUGGUACCAUCUACCUGGAUAGUUGAAGGCAGCCAGAUUUUAUAUUGGCCAUCAAAAGUUGAUGCUCACAAUGCCUUAACUAGUCGAGAAGACCCAGACCCCAAAUCAUGGAGAAAAUUUCCAUUGAUAAAAGUAAAAAUAGCUUCUGACAGUUACGAGGAAUGUGAACAGUACCAGCUGACAUCAGCAGUAGACAGUGACAGAAGCAGCAGUGACCUGGAUGGGGAAGAUGGUUUGACCUUGCGUGGUAGGAAGAAACGUAUGAAGAAAGCUCUGCCAAAGGACUUUAUUAGUAGUCAGGAUUUGGAUUGUUCACACUUUGCCUCAGGGCCAUCUUUACAAGUAACAGUUGCUCCCCCCCCACCACAAAAGGUUGUCACAUACAACCAUCAACACAAAGGCUUGCCAAGUGCAGCAAGAAAAAAAUCUGAAAAGACAUAAUUCUGACAGAUGUGAAAGUAACCGGCAAAAGAAGAGUAGUUACCAACAGCAAGAUGAAGGCAGUCAGCCUGAUACCCUACACGGCAGUUUGGACCUUCAUGACAACCACAGCCUAGGGAACAGAUCUGACCGACAGACGAGACAUGACAGCAGUGACCAACAAAGCAGACAUGACAGCAGCGAUUGACACAACAGACAUGACAGCAGCGAUUACACAGCAGACAUGACAGCAGUGACCGACACAGCAGACAUGACAGCAGUGACCAACACAGCAGACGUGACAGCAGUGACCAACACAAAAGACAUGACAGUCGUGGCCGAUGCAGCAGACUUGACAGCAGUGACCGACACAACAGACAUGACAGUCAUGACCGACACAACAGACAUGACAGCAGUGACCGACGCAGCAGGCAUGACAGUCAUGACCGACACAACAGACAUGACAGUCGUGACCGACAUGACAGCAGUGACCGACGCAGCAGGCAUGACAGUCAUGACCGACACAACAGACAUGACAGCAGUGACCGACGCAGCAGACAUGACAGUCGUGACCGACACAACAGACAUGACAACAGUGACCAACGCAGCAGACAUGACAGUCGUGACCGACACAACAGACAUGACAGUCGUGACCGACACAACAGACAUGACAACAGUGACCAACGCAGCAGGCAUGACAGUCGUGACCGACACAACAGACAUGACAGUCGUGACCGACACAACAGACAUGACAGUCGUGACCGACGCAGCAGACAUGACAGUCGUGACCGACGCAGCAGACAUGACAGUCGUGACCGACACAACAGACAUGACAACAGUGACCAACGCAGCAGGCAUGACAGUCGUGACCGACGCAGCAGACAUGACAGUCGUGACCGACACAACAGACAUGACAACAGUGACCGACGCAGCAGGCAUGACAGUCGUGACCGACACAACAGACAUGACAGUCGUGACCGACACAACAGACAUGACAACAGUGACCAACGCAGCAGACAUGACAGCAGUGACCGACAAGGGAGCGAUUGGAUUCAGAAUCUGUCUAGUGAAGAUCUUGAUGAUGUUCAACCCUUGAACCAAGGAGAAAACCGUCAGAGUGGAUUUCCUAUGGAUUGGGCAAAAUUCCAGAGGCGAGUCAUUCAUUUGUUGCUGGAUAUGAGGACCUCUUUGCAUACUCUUACUGGCUCUACACCAAGUGACAAUGAUAUAUCAAUUCAACAGCUGGACUCUAUGGAGGAUGCAGAGGCAUUUGAAAAUGAAUUGUGAACACCCUCUUUUUGCAAAGAAAUGACAGAAAAAUUUGUCCACAUAGGUGGAAUUUCAGUGAAGGAUAUGAUAUCAAAGGUAUUGUGCAGCAUUAUGUCGAAGAAGUUGAUGUGUAAGUACAACAUGUAUGGACAACGGGGCAAAGUAGCUUUUAAAAAUACAAGAUUGUGAAGUGUCAUCACAGACUGUUAUGAAGAAAUUCAGAGAUGUGAGUUUAACAGAAAUACACAUGAUUGUAACACAAUUGUGUAAUGCCCCAAAAAUGAAGUAAAGUGGAAACUAAAUCAUGUAGGGUAGUGGGCAAAUAGUGAUGCUGGGUCAGGGGAUACCAUAAAAUCAGGUAACUUCAGACAUUUUUUAGGGUUUUGGCCUAUAAAUUCUUGUAGAACUACACUAUUUGAAACCUGUCCUUACUGUGAAAACUGUUCUAUGAUCUGUCCAACAGUUUGGUUAGACUCAGGAAAACUGUUGAUACCCACAUUUUUAUUCCAGGUACGGUGUGCAAAAAAAUGUAGCAACAAGAUAUGUGUAUUCUCAAAGCAUGAACAGAAAUUUGUAUUAGUAAUUAAGAGCCACACCUGUAAUAUCAAGGCAUACUGUGUAGAACAGUCCUUGAGUUAGGGCUGAGGAGGUAAAACUAAAAUCUGAAAUCUGACUCCUUUAUUUUGAAAUAACUGCCACAAAAUGGUUGUUGAUAAUGAAACUGGCUUUAUAAUGCUACCAAGAACUCAGCUGGAGUCGAAGUCAUGGUAACUUUACUGCCUCCUUCCUGCCUCCUUUCACCCACUAUUGCUGUGACUUGACUGCAGGCCUGCCAUGAAUAACAGCAAAUUGUGAAAAUGAUGAUG